AUGGAGCGGAACUCUCCGCGCUGUGUGCGCGGGGCCUGGGAUCCGGCCGAGCGGGGGCAGGGACCAAGCACGCUGCCAGCCUUGAGCUCUGAGGACUCUGGGCCCUGGCCGCUCCUUUUCUAUCCUGAGCUCGGCCAACUCGCUUGGGACGACGAGGUCUUCAACCAGGAGCUGCUUUUAUCUGCAUCUAGUUAUGGGUUUGGAAUGAGUUAUGAUGGUUAUGACUUGAGGCUAAUUGACAUUCUUCUAGAAGCUAACUUUCUCAGCCACAUCUAUGGUCCAGGGAUACAAGGAUUCACAGUGACAUCUCUUCAAGAAGUCCCCUUGCAGACUUCCAACUUUGCCCAUGUCAUCUUUCAAAAUGUGGCCAAGAGUUAUCUUCCUAAUGCACACCUGGAAUGUCAUUACACCUUAACUCCAUAUAUCCAUCCACAUCCAAAAGAUUGGGUUGGUAUAUUCAAGGUUGGAUGGAGUACUGCUUGCGAUUAUUACACAAUUUUAUGGUCUCCUAUGCCUGAACAUUACAUAGAAGGAUCAACAGUUAAUUGUGUGUUAGCAUUUCAAGGAUAUUACCUUCCAAAUGACGAUGGAGAAUUUUAUCAGUUCUGUUAUGUUACCCAUAAGGGUGAAAUUCAUGGAACAAGUAAACCUUUCCAGUUUCAAGCUUCUCCAGUUGAAGAGUUACUUACUGCGGAAGAUGAAGGAAAUUCUGACAUGUUGGUUGUAAAAAAAGCUGGCCUUCAUGAGUUGAAAAUUGAAGAAACCGUGAAAGAAAAAGAACUAUUAAAGUUAAUUGCUGUUCUGGAAGGAGAAACAACCCAACUUUGAGAAUAAGUUGGAAGACUGGAAAGAGAGCUUAACCAUCAAAGAUGUGACCAACUGCAAGCAGAGCAAAAGGGUCUUGUUGAAGUAUCACAAUUAAAAACGGAAAAUGAAGAAAUUAAGAAGAGAUACAAUGAAGCUACAUCCAAAGCUCUCCGGCUUGAGGAAGAUAUUGUGUCAGUGACACAUAAAGCAAUUGAAAAAGAAACUGAAUUAGACAGUUUAAAGGACAAACUCUGGAAGGCACAAUAUGAAAGAGAACAACCGGAAUAUCAGUUGAAGAUGGAAAAGGAUGAGAAGAAACUUUAUAAGGUACAUUUGAAGAAUACUGAAAUAGAAAAUACCAAGCUUGUGUCAGAGGUCCAGACUUUAAAGAAUUUAGAUGGGAACAAAGAUAAAAGCAUGAUUACUCAUUUCAAAGAAGAGACUGGCAGGCUGUAGUUGUGUUUGGCUGAAAAGGAAAAUCUGCAAACGGCUUUCUUGUUUACAACCUCAAGUAAGGAAGAUACGUUUGUUUUUUGUUUUUUGUUUUUUUUUAAGGAGCAACUUCAUAAGCAGAGGAACAUGUUCAGGCAACUUGGCAAGAAGUUUUCUUCUGGCCAAAGAACUUUUAGUGAUGCUGUAAAUGUGCAAGAUAAAACAAUGGCAGAUCUGCAUACUGCACACUUGGAAAAAGCUGAUGCAGUGGCAGAACUUAAACUAAAUGCUGUGAGGAAAAAAGGCCAGGAAAAGACUGAUAGACUGGAACGUGAACUAGAAGUUGAAGACUUGAAACUUUGUCUUCAGAUGGCAACAGAUCAUUACAAAGAAAAAAUCAAGGAAUGCCAGAGGCUCCAAACAAAUAAACUUUCAGACCAAUCAGCCAAUAGCAACAGUGUCUUCACAAAGAAAACUGGGAAUCAGCAAAAAGGCAAUGGUGCCUCCAUAAACACAGACCCAGCUACUGCUGGGUCUACUAUAGAUAUAAAGCCACCCCCGUCUGCAGCCGAGACAGAUUCUGACGGUGUAACAAAGGGGCAAGUCUGUGAAGUGACCAAAGAAACUGCUGACAAAACAGAAAAAUAUAAUAAAGGUAAACGACUCUUGCGGGAUGAGAAAACAAAAUUCAAUAAAUAUGUCGAUGCUGCAAACAUGGAGCUGAAAUGGAAAGAGCAAGUGAAGACUGCUGGAAAUGUAACACUAGCACUAGCUGAAGUAGAGGACAAUUACAAGGAACUUAAAAGGAGUCUAGAAAAUCAAGCAGAAAGGACAAUGGAAGGUCAGAAUUCCCAGAGUCCUCAGAAGAUCUCACGGUAUCUCAACACCUGCUCCGAGGAAAAUGGUCAUGUUGCUGCAGUGCUGAAUACACAGCCAGUUCUGCAGUCUGGUGAUCCUAACGCAACACAGGAAACCAGGGAUGGAGCAGAUGGUGCUGUUUACCCAGGUGAAAUCCAAAGGCUGCCUGUGAGAGUACCUUCUUGGGGACUGGAAGAUGUUGUCUGCAGCCAGCCUGCUGGAAACGUUAGUGGGCUUGAUGGUUUAGAAGACCCUGAGGACAGUAAAGAAGAUGAGAAUCAAUAUCUUAAAAAGUAUGACUUAGCUUUGCUCCUUUUUCUUCACCUCCUAGAAGUCGAAUACAUGGAUUACUUUCAGGUCCAUUCCAAAGUUCUCAGGGAAUAUAUCAAGUUAUCCAAGGAUGCCUCCCCUGUAGCUAUUCUGAGGAAACGGAAAGAUGUUAUUGUAAAUGAUAUUCAUUUCAAAGAGGAAGAUAUAGUGGAAGCCAGGAGCAGAAAUCUCAAGGCCCCCAGGCCCGGAAAACCCCAGACAAUGCUGCGGUGA